ACGCAAUCCAAGCAUCACAAAGACCCGAUCGCAAUGCUGCACCGAGUUGCUCCUCACGUGAUGAAGGGUCGAUGGAUGGCGCGAAUUCGAUAUCCAAGCAGUCCCUCUGCACCUCGAUCGGCAUGGAACAAUGAGUGGAGGCGCCACAUGCGCUCCAUGACGGCCGCAGACCUGCUCAACGUCGCUGGCGUCGCGAGAUCUCAAAAGGCGUCGGUUGUGAGCGAGGACGAUACAUUGGUCAAGGCAGUCGAGACGAUGGCGGCACAUCACAACUCUAGCACACUUGUGGUUGUGGACACUGAAGAUCGAGUCGUGGGGCUCUUGACGCAACACCGCAUCCUUACUCAGAUCAGUCAACACCUGGGCAAUUGGCCUUCUACGUUGGUGAAAGACGCAGCGCUGCCUUCGCGAGAUAUCGUCCACGUGACGCCAGAGGACACCCUCCAAGAUUGUCGGGCAGUGAUGGCUCUGACUGGGCGAGGGGAGCUACCUGUAUUGAGCGGCGACAGUCUGCUCGGCAUUAUUUCGCUGACAGACAUUGCGUCGCUACUCGUCAAGAACGAUUCACAAAACGACGGCGAAGCGCACAGCGCGAAGUCGGACUAUGUCCACCUCAUUUUACCGCGGAAAGGUCUGCCCAAGAACACAUCGCUCGCCCCAAGCGUGGCCAUGGACGACAAGGACAUCCCCCAGUUUGUCUUGCAUUCCUUUGCCAUGUCGAUUCCGCAUCCUCAAAAGGUCGAGUCGGGGGGCGAAGAUGCGUUCUUCCUUGGCACCGUCGGCACGCCCGACAACUGUGGCGCCGAUGUGCUGUGUUUUGGCGUGUCGGACGGCGUCGGAAGUUGGUUCGAGCAGGGCUUCAGUGCCAGCAAGUACUCGAGAGAGCUCAUGAAAGCCGCGCAAGCCGCCGCGACCGUGUCGUUAACCAAACAUCCCCACGUGAACCCGUCCGAAGUGCUGCACGCAGCAUGGCAAAACGUAUCACAGCAAGCCAUUAUGGGCAGUGCCACCGCAUGCGUGGUCGCAUUGGAUCCUGUGCAGGCAGAGUUGUACGCAGUCAACUUGGGCGACUCGGGGUUUUUGAUCAUUCGAGACAAGAAAUCUGACCUCAAGACGGCAGAAAAGCGUGGGACGUUGGACGGAUCUCUGACGCGCAAGAUGAAGAACAGAGACACGGACUUGACCCCCGCGGGUCGGCGCAAAGGGGCCCACGUGUCGUACCGGUCCCCCCAGCAACUGCAUUACUUCAACUGCCCGUUCCAGGUUACUAUCUUUUCGUGCUGUGUGCUACAUGGACGACGGGUGUGUAGCUGGGGUAUUACGUGCCAGACAUCCCCGACGGUUCGGCUGGUCCGCUCUUUGAAACCCCCAGGGAAGCCGUCAACCUCCGCGUGCCCGUGGAGGAAGGCGACUUGAUCAUCCUCGCCACGGAUGGCCUUUUUGACAACGUGGACGAAGACCAGCUGCUCGAGAUUGUGGCCGCAGAGCCGGACGGUAAGGAGGGAUAGAGCUCGCAAACAUAUAGGACAAUUGGGACUGAAUGUGAUGCAAGUAGUGGAAUCUAUGACGAAACAGUUGGUCCAGCGGGCGUAUGACUUGUCGCUCGAUCGAAAAAUCGACUCGCCGUUUGCCCGCCUGGCCAAAGAAAACGAUAAAAUGUGGGGCGGCGGCAUGCCCGACGACAUUACGAUCAUCGUCGCCAGAGUCGUCAAGCGAGGGUAGUUUGUAGCCGCCACAUGCUAACAACAAGUCUGCCUUGCGCUUGCAUUCGAUCUUGGUUUCCACAACAUGCAAUGAAACCAAGAAUAGCAGCCAUGUAUAUAUAUAUAUAUAUAUA